UGCUGAUGUGAAUAAAUGCUCAAACAUUGACUGAUGGUUAUAUCUGCUAUCUGCCAAAGAAGCUGGCCGGUCUCAGAGGUGUGUGCUGCAUGGUGGCAGGUGAGGGGAGCAAGGACGAUGGCGAGGCCAGUGGGGGGAGCAAGGACCACGGCGAGGGGAGCCAAGGCACACGGCGAGGCAGGUGGGUAGAGCAGUGCACACGGCGGCACAGCCAGAGAGGGCCGAGCGACGUCCACAGCUGAGCUGAAGGGCCGAGGCGACGUCCGCAUCCAAGCUGAAGGACCGAGCUAAGUCCACAGCGAGCUAAAUGGCCGAGUGACGUCCACCGCCGUGCUGUAGGGACGAGCAGCCUUCCCCGAUGCACCGCGGCCAAACACUUGCCUCGACGAGCUGAGGAAAAGGGCAGGAGAGCGGGAAAGAGCUGACGGAAGGACUGACGGAACAGUCCAGGGGAAGAAGGAAAAAAAAAAGGCCGGUCCGAGCUGGAAGCUAUCCUGUUGGGUCUGCUGGGUCUUUAGGCGGAUUCAUUUUGUCAGACCCCGCAUACGGAAGGAAUGGAGAUGGACCACUUCACAGGAUAGCUUCAAAUGAAAGAGUUUAAUACAUAAGGAAAACAAACAUAUUAACACAACACAGGUGUGAACAGGUGUGGUGACCGGGAGGAGCAGACGAAGGCGGGGCAGCCACGUGACAAAAACAACAACAAAUCGCACAUGGCCAAAAGUCCGUGCUGAUCCCUGACAGAUUCGCGCUGACCCCCUGACAGAGAGCAGCUAAAAGGAGUUACAGUACUGUAUUCUUACCAAAGCAGAAAUCGUGUCCUAAGGAUCUCAAUGUCUUGGUUUGCUUUCAUGACCUGACCGCCGCACUUGAGUCUGACAGGCACAAUUAGUUUUUCAAUAAAGCAUUCCCCCAUUCCUGAGAUUUUUAAAAAAAAUUGGAUUCCUAGUUCACUUAUUAUAUCUUCAGGAAUGCCUGUAUCAUAAUAAUCAUUUUGAAAAUCAAAGUUGAGGUAGGUCUAUGGCAAUGUGAGACCAGGGCUGUUGUGCUAUGGGUAAUGAAAGGAUUACCUUGGACUGAACAAGGAAAGGAUUACCUUGGACUUAAGAAGUGAGAGCAUUUGUGGCCACCAGAUCUCUUCACAGACAGAUAACUAAACCCAGCAAAUGAGGGAUUAACUCUCAGUGCUGUUCAAAAACUCGAAUAAAAUGGGAGAAUUGAGUUAGGAAGGGCAUCAGACAUAAAAUCUGUGCCAAAAUCAAAUCUGAGGGCCAGAUCAUCUGUGUGGUGACACAGAACAGGGAGCAGCUGAAAGAACAACAACCUGGUAAAAAUAUGGAAAUUUGUGUCUUUGCUGAAUGGCUGAAUUAUUUUUAAUGGUUUGAACCCUGAGGAUCUUAUGCUGUGUGUUCUGUAAGGAAGAUAUUGUGAUAACAUGAUUUGUUAUUCAUGACUGUGUUCAAAAUUUGAUUGUGCUCUAAUUAAGAAAUUCACUGGUUGAAUGAGAGAAAUUGUGUUUUUUGGGGGGGUUGUAUAUCAUUUAAGAUGUUCAAAUGAAUUUAAAGUGUUUAGAAAGCUAAAAAAAAAAUACGGAUGACAUUAAAACAGUGUGGUUAGAGUUAGGACUUGCCCCCCAAACUCAAACACGAACUGAAAUGAUUCUCGACCAGCACAGAGAGGCAUAAGACUGAACAAGAUGCAGAGUGCCAUGUUUCCACUGAAUCCUCAACCAGUCCCCGCGGGAGCAGGGACAGUUGUGGUGGCGAUGCCAGAGCAUCCAGCUGAUUACGUAGUUUGGUCUGUUGCCAACAUUUUCUAUGGAAACCCAUGCUGUCUGGGUCUGCUUGCCUUUUAUUUCUCCAUCAAGGCCAGAGACCGGAAGAUGGUGGGGGACCUGGCUGGAGCAACUUCGUACGGGUCCAAGGCAUGUUGUGUCAACGGCUUCGCACUUGGGCUUAUCAUUUUCAUCUCCAUCGUGAUCAUCGCGGUGUUGGUUUCAAAGGCUGUCGCAGUGACAAAUUCAAUUAACAGAUAUCCGUAUUAACACCCUGUCUCAUGAGAUUUAAGAAAAACAAAUACAUUGCAAGCAACAUUCUCAGAAAAAUGAUGUCCUGUUGAAGUCCAUAUGAUCAACACGAAGUAAUUUGAAAUAUGUUUUUGUGAAAUGAGAAAUAAAAUAUCACUGAAGAAAGAAUUG